ACCUUAUGCAACCUCAUGGAUUUAUAAAGAUGACCAUGCCCGCCUUCCCAUUUCCUUGAUCUCAUCAAACGCGACUUUUUAUCAUACAACAACAACACCUUGUCCAGCCUGAGCUUCGAUCAAGUCAAUCCCACAUCGACUCACAUAUAUAACCCGACCAACAAAAGACCUUCUUCCCUGGACGCGUCAAAUAAAAGCUUCAAACACAACAUCAAGAUGCUCUUCUCCACCAUGCUCGCCUCGGUCGCUCUGCCCAUUCUCGCAGCAGCCACACCAAUCGACCUCGAGCGUCGCGCCGGCGGUCCAGCAAUCGUGCCCCUCGCCGCAAACUGCACCCUCAUGAACCCCCUCCCCCACGCCUCCCAACACCCCGGCAACGGCACAAUCUCCGGCUACGUCCCUUCCUCCUCCUUUUCCGCCUCAAAAGUCUACUCCUGGUAUAUCCCCCAACCCGACUUCCUCACCCGCGAAGCCCGCUGGUCCAACUGCAUCGAACAGUGCAAUGGCUACUCUGGCUGCGUGUCGGCGUAUAUGGCGUACAAUGCGCCCUUGCCCAAGGGAUGGUUGGGUCUGCCCGGUGGUGAAUUGGAGGUUGGCUGUUUCAUGUACAACCGCACCUUGACGCCUUUGGAUUUCGUGGCUGCGACUGAGGGACAGUAUGUCAACGCUACUGCUGGUAACGUUUACUGUCCCAAGACUGCUUCCGCUUCUGCUACUGCUUCUUCCAACGCAAGUGCUGCAAAGUCGACUGGCACUACCAAGAAGAAGCCCGUGAAGGUCGUCGCUUAAUUGCGGCGCUACGCUUCUCGACGCGUCUUGGUCUCAUGAGACACGCGACUGUCCCUUUGACCCUUUUUCGUAUCUCUCACUGAGCGAUUUCUUAUCUGCUUCUCUAGCAUGGUCUUCUCACAAGACAUCAUUCUUGCAUCUGAAUUUUGGAUUGGUCGGGCAAGGAUUGGGAAAAUGGGACAAGAAGGGCUCUUUCAACGACAAUGCAUAAUGCAUAAUGACUAAUGGUUUUCUUUUUCUGGAGGGACACAGAUGAUGGCGUUAUUCUUUUGCUUCGAAUAGAACCAAUUCAAUGACGAAUUGAAAACAUUUUCAUAUCUCA